CUAAAUUUUAGAUAGAUGGAAGUCACGUCGAAUGCUUUCUCUGAGUUGAGGUCUCUCGGAAACAACCUCUCUACCUUCACAACGUGGAAGGUAAGCGAAAAACUUUCACCUUCACGCUUCUGUAUCUGAGUUAAACCUAUAGAUGGGGAAAUCUUUUACUUUGUUUUUCCCCAAUCCUUCACAUGAUGAUAGUUCAAAAAUUUCCACAGAGGAAAGUAAACAGAAUUUUUACAACCAUCAAUGUUCCGUUGAUGUAUACCAUUUUGAUGCUCUAAACAAAAUUACUUUUUAUCAACUGUAUAGCGCGAUUCAGUUGACGUCUUCAUUUCUAAAUUCUAACCGGUAUAUAAAAUGUUCGAAUCAACAUAUAUUGAGAAUAAGUGGAAAACUACGAAUAAAAUUACGGAUAAAAUUUUAUCACCUAAAAGAUAAUUAUGGGUAUUCUUCACAAUAAGUGAGAUUGGUCAUCCUAAAACAAGAGUUUAAAAUACACAUUAUAUAACAAUUGUUUUUCUUGUUAGUGGAAAUAAGAGAAAUUCAAGAAAAAUAGUCUUAAAAUAGAAAAGAAAAAAUAUAUAUAAUUGAUUGAUUUUGGACGUGUCUCCCUUCCAUUUUCCAAAUCCCACUCAACUUUGUCAUUGCUACAUCACCAAGUCAACGUACACCCCAUUUCCCGCCAGGAAAACCUGACCAUAGAUCAAGAAAACUGUUAAUCCCCCCAAAUAACAAUCUAACAUAUGGAAAAGAAAAAUAGAAACUGAGAAUUUUCCUCAGUAUCUCCAAAAUCAAGAAACAACAACCAUUUUUUUCAAGGUAAAAAAAAACAAAACAGAGAACAAAAUUGUUCUAAGAAAACAAUGGCACAAGCUGCAGCAAAGAAGAGACCUCCUAUAGCUUCAUCAGCAAAGCCAUCUCCUAAUGUCCUCCCUUACCAAACACCAAGAUUAAGAGAACAUUACACUCUUGGCAAGAAACUAGGCCAAGGCCAAUUUGGUACAACUUAUCAAUGCACAGAAAAGGCAACUGGCCUUCAAUAUGCAUGCAAAUCAAUCCCAAAAAGGAAACUUUUAUGCAGGGAAGAUUAUGAAGAUGUUUGGAGAGAAAUUCAAAUAAUGCAUCAUUUAUCUGAGCACCCUAAUGUGGUGAGGAUCAAAGGGACAUACGAGGACAAUCUUUUUGUCCAUAUUGUUAUGGAAUUAUGUAAAGGAGGUGAGCUUUUUGAUAGGAUUGUUCAAAAAGGUCAUUAUAGUGAAAGAAAAGCUGCACAUUUGAUGAAGACAAUUGUUAAGGUUGUUGAGGCUUGUCAUUCUCUUGGUGUUAUGCAUAGAGAUCUUAAGCCUGAGAAUUUCCUCUUUGAUAGUUCUGAUGAAGAUGCUACCCUUAAGGCUACCGAUUUCGGGUUGUCCAUUUUCUAUAAGCCUGGGCAUUAUAUAUCUGAUGUUGUUGGAAGUCCUUAUUAUGUUGCUCCUGAAGUGUUGCAUAAAUAUUAUGGACCUGAGAUAGAUGUAUGGAGUGCUGGUGUCAUCUUAUACAUCUUAUUAUCUGGGGUUCCUCCUUUUUGGGCUGAGACAGACAAUGGUAUCUUCAAGCAGAUUUUGAAAGGAAAGAUAGACUUUGAAUCUGAACCUUGGCCUCAUAUAUCUGAUAGUGCAAAAGACUUGGUUAAAAAGAUGCUCAACAGAGAUCCUAAAGCGCGAAUAACUGCACAUGAGGUCCUAUGUCAUCCGUGGCUUGUGAACGAUAUGGCUGCUCCAGACAAACCUUUGGGAUCUGCAGUUUUGACUCGCCUAAAGCAGUUUUAUGACAUGAACAAACUCAAGAAAAUGGCUUUACGAGUCAUAGCAGAAAGGCUUUCUGAGGAAGAAAUAGGAGGCUUAAAGCAGUUAUUCAAAAUGAUUGACACAGAUAACAGCGGGACAAUCACAUAUGAGGAACUGAAAGACGGCUUGAAAAGAGUAGGAUCUGACCUUGUGGAGUCUGAAAUCAAGGCCUUGAUGAACGCGGCUGACAUUGACAACAGUGGCACAAUUGACUACGGUGAAUUCAUUGCCGCGACACUGCAUUUGAAUAAGAUGGAGAGAGAGGAGAAUCUGCUUGCUGCAUUCUCCUACUUUGACAAAGACGGCAGUGGUUAUAUUACCACUGAUGAGCUUCAACAGGCUUGCAUAGAUUUUGGCCUGGGUGAUGUUAAAUUGGAUGACAUAAUUAAAGAGAUUGACAUAGAUAAUGAUGGACGUAUAGAUUAUGGAGAAUUUGCGACAAUGAUGAAGAAGGGAAAUACAGGAUUUGCAGCCAGAACUAUGAGAGGCAAUUUGAAUUUUAACUUGGCAGAUGCUUUUGGAGCAAAUGACUGUGACAAAAAUCAAUAGAAGACCAAGCUGAUAGAAAAACGUUGGACCAAUCGAGGAUCUAGGGAGAUGGUGAGGCUUUCAAUCGAACCAGGGAAGAGUCAACUAGCUAGAGCUGCAUUUGCCGAGACAAUGUUGGACUGCAACCAAGAGAGAUUGGUGCAUGGUGUUCUAUUGUUUGACAUGGUAGAUAGGUUUAGUUCUAUAGUAGCAAAAUUAUUGUUGUUGCUGCUUUAUCUUACUAUAUAAUUGGACGGCUUCUCCUCUAUUUCACAAAUUUAGACCACUGUUGUCUGUACUUGAGGAGUGUUGUAAAAACCUUCUUUUGUGUCUAUAUUAAUUUGGUGUUACUAGAUAUUGAAUAACACUUGUUUAUCA